AUGGAGGUGUUCGACGAAGUGCACUUCGUGCGGCUCCGGUGCCGGGUGCGGCGGACCAAGUACCUGGCGGCGGACGACGACGGGCACGGCGUGUGCCUGUCCAGCCAGCGCGGCGCGCACAACACGGUGUGGGCGGUGCAGGCCAUGGAGGGCGCGGUGGAGGGCGCCGAGGGCGGGCCCUUCGUCCUCCUCCGCGGCGCCUAUGGCCGCUACCUCUUCGCCACGGAUGUGCAGGCCGCCACGGGGCCCGGCCACGGCGUCCAGGCCGCGCAGCAGGCCCGGCCGCACCCGAACACGCCGAGGUGCAUGCUCUGGCAGGCCAUCCGGCGGCAGGGCUCCUUCGUGAUCCGCAGCGCCGGGGGCCGGUACCUCCGCGCCAACGGCAAGUACGUCCGGUGGCGCACGGCCGUCACCGUCGCCGGGGACGACGCCAGCGCCAUGCUGCAGUGGGACGUCGAGGUCGUGCCCCUUCGCCUGGACCGCCCUACCCUCCUCGAUCCACCGCCACAGCCGAUGCGGAGGCGGCGCCGCCCGCCGACGGAGGAGGAGGUGGCGCGGCAGGUCCGGUACAUCCGCGCCGGCGUGGACGGGGACAUAGACGAGACAGGGUGGCGGACGGUGCGGAUCAGCACCAACAGCCUCAUGCAGCUGCGGCUGACGCUGGCUAACCUGCUGGGCCAGAACCGGUCGGCGCUCCACACCACGCUCUGCGUCCGCGCCGGCGCCUACGCCGACCUCUCCCCUCUCCUCAUCGACCUGCCCAUCGGCAACGACCGCCUCGACAUCGUCGUCAUCACCCACGGCACACCAGUGGACAACACGUUGCUGUACCCAAACGUCAAUGCGCGGAAUUGAACAUCAUGCAGGGGGUGAAGCGACAUGGUUAAGGGUUCUCUCAUUCGUUUCGGCUCAGAGAGUAGCGUAUCCUGGAGCAACUGCUAGUGUACAUCGGACUGUCAGAGCUGUUGGCGGGGAGAAUGCUUGUAGAACAGGGUAGUACGUCGUUUUGACACUCAGUAGUAGUUGCUCAAGAUGCUGAAUAGACAGUGAUCUGCCUUGUGAUUUUGCUCUCAUCUUUAGCAUCUGGCUGGUGGUCUGUAACGAUUUUUGGGUACAAUGCUG